UGUCAUGUUACUUUUAUCAAGCAGUUUACUGCAAGGGCUUUGUCCCUAAUAAAAUUCUUAGUAACACAAGUUUUGAUUUUCACUCAUCAAGUCAGAACAUAAAUGCUGCUAAAUGUAAAAGUUUUAGAGUGUACAGUGAGAGGGCCAGGAAAGUAGUCGAUAAUCAAUUCUGAAACUGAUUUAACAACUAAAAAAGACAUUGAAGUUCACAGUUCCUAUCAAGUCUUACCUUGAUAAUAGUUUGACACAUUAUGUUCAUUACGUCUUUCAGAAGGCUAUAUCAACAAUCUAUGAAUGUUUUUUUUCUCAAAAAACAAAACUAUUGUCUCAAUUUAGUGUUAAUGUACAUUUAUUAUGAAGGUUAUCUGACACUGCAAAUUGAUAUGGCCUUGGUGAUUUAAUAUGUUGGAGGUGGGCUUGACCAUGUUGUGGGGUGUGGCAUGUCUAGGAACUAUAAAAUACCUAGCCGUCUCCAAAGCUUGUUUUAUUUUCUUCUAUCUUAAUUAAAAAGCUGGAAAAUACAAAAAUGAGUCUGACAGAUAUAGAUAAAUCCCUGGUCAAGGCUUUCUGGGGUAAAGUUUCUGGAAAGGCUGACGCUAUUGGCCAUGAAGCUCUGGUGAGAAUGCUUCUUGUCUACCCUCAGACCAAAAUCUAUUUUAGUCAUUGGCCUGACCUCUCUCCUGGCUCUGAGUCAGUAAAGAAGCAUGGCAGAACCGUUAUUGGCGCACUGAACGAUGCUGUGGUUAACAUCGAUGAUCUUGUUGGUGGUCUGAGUGCCCUAAGUGAUCUGCACGCUUACAAGUUGCGCGUAGAACCAGGAAAUUUCAAGAUUCUAUCUCACAACUUUCUCGUGACCCUCGCCAUCAAUUUUCCUGCUGAUUUCACUCCAGAGGUGCACAUUGCUAUGGACAAGUUUCUCGCCGCUGUGUCUGCAGCACUUGCUGAUAAAUACAGAUGAGGGGGGCGGUCAUUGUUUUCAAAUCAACAUAUGAACAAAUUUCAAAUUAAAGGAAUACAUUAAUUCUUACAAAGACUCAUACAUAUCAUACAUGCUCCACAAAAUAUAUAUCGUUUCUAUAAAUUGUUUUUUUUGUAUAAAGUGACGGUAACCGUGUUAAUAUGUCUCACCAGCAGAUGAACAGGUAAACAGUGAAUGAAUGAAUGAUUGAGAAAUAAACAAUAGCUUAAUUUAGAUUAGAUCGGGUGCACAGGUAAAUGAAAUUCAGAUACGAAUUCGAGUGCAAAUAUUUGCAAUUUAUACCAACAACAUAUUUAGGUUAUGGUAAAUAAUACCGAAUAUGAUACCGUAAUGACAGUAAUAUGGAAAA